GCACAAACAAGAAGCCGAGCCGGAGCAGAUGGCACUUGCGGUGGCUUGCCCCGCGGUGACAGACAGACGCUCUCAGCCAAUCCCCUGCCUCGGGAUCAGCUGACCGGUCCCCAGCUCAGCGCCAGGUGUUUUGACGCUUCUUCUGCCUCUUCGUCUGCAUCCUACACAGAAGAAUCACCAGCAGCAGCAGCAGCAGCGGUGGUGUCCGAGAAGCGCGAUAGAACAGAGAUAAGAGAGGAUAUAACCGCGCAAAAACGCACCAUGCCGCUCCGUGCGCGCACAAAGCAGCUUCUCUUCUCUGUAAACCAACCUCACCACGGGAAUAUUCAUCACAUCUGAAGGAGUCGUGUGUUUGGGGAAAGGCGUGGAGACACAGUGGAAUCCCAACAAGGUUCUGCUUCUUGAAGAUUGCUGGACGUCGCCUAAACUUCGCCCCAUAAGCUGCCUCACCUUUGGAAACUGUGGUUGAUGAUCGUGAUACACCAGCUCUUUAAGUGGACUGCCCCUCCCAUCCCUCUCCACCAUGGCUAAACUCAAGAUCAACACGUGUCUUUUGGGACAGUUAUUUUCUGGUGUCAUUAUACUAUUGGCAGGUUUUUGCUACGGCCAGACGAGCAGUGAAUGCCCACAAUUGUGUGUGUGCGAGAUCCGACCUUGGUUCACUCCUCAGUCGACGUACAGGGAAGCGAUUACUGUGGAUUGCAAUGAUCUUCGGUUAACUCGUAUUCCAGGGAACUUGUCCAGCGACACCCAGGUCCUCCUUCUUCAAAGUAACUACAUUGCACGGACCAGUGAGGAACUAGAGCAGCUCUUCAAUCUCACUGAACUGGAUCUUUCACAGAACAACUUUAGUAGCAUACGAGAUGUUGGACUUACCAAUAUGUCACAGCUAACCACCCUGCACUUAGAAGAGAACCAGAUCACAGAAAUGCCCGACUUUUGUCUUCAGGAUCUUAGUAAUCUCCAAGAACUUUACAUCAAUCAUAAUCAAAUCAACACAAUCUCGUCCAACGCUUUUUCAGGUCUGCAGAACCUACUCAGGCUUCAUCUCAACUCCAACAAGCUCCAAAGCAUCAACAGCCAAUGGUUUGAAUCGACACCCAACCUUGAAAUCCUCAUGAUUGGGGAAAACCCUGUCACUGGAAUUGUAGAUUUUAAUUUUAGAUCGCUAAUUAACCUUCGGAGUCUUGUUUUGGCUGGGAUGGAGUUAACCGACGUUCCUCCAAAUGCUUUUGUUGGACUUGACAAUCUUGAAAGUCUAUCGUUUUAUGAUAAUAAUCUAGUUAGAAUUCCACAAAAAGCCCUGCGGAAAUUACCCAACCUGAAAUUUUUGGAUUUAAACAAAAAUCCUGUGCACAAAAUUGAAGAAGGUGAUUUCAAGAACAUGCUGCAGUUAAAAGAACUAGCUAUCAACAACAUGGCUGAGCUAGUUUCUAUUGACCACUAUGCUUUGGAUAAUCUCCCAGAACUGACUAAAUUGGAAGCUACAAACAACCCAAAGUUUUCCUUCAUAAACCGUCAAGCUUUUCGUGACGUUCCAGCCUUAGAAAGUCUAAUGCUCAAUAGUAACUCCCUGAACGCUCUGUACCAGUCGACUGUCGAGUCUCUUCCUAACCUUCGUGAGAUCAGCAUUCACAGUAAUCCACUACGCUGUGACUGUGUGAUCCAGUGGAUGGGAUCAAAUUCUACAACUGUUCGCUUCAUGGAACCUCUCUCCAUGUUUUGUGCCAUGCCUCCAGAGGUCCGGGGUUUGCAUGUAAGGGAAGUCGUCCAAAAGGGGCUAGUGAACCAGUGUUUGCCCAUGAUCGCACAUGAUACCUUCCCUAGUCACCUGAACUUGGAUAUUGGUAUGACAGUAGAUUUGGACUGCAGAGCCAUGUCACAGCCUGAGCCAGAGAUUUACUGGGUGACGCCGAUGGGAAACAAAAUCAUGAUGGACAUGCUGUCUGACAAGUACAGCCUCACCACUGAGGGAACACUGAGGAUCACAAAUAUACAAGUGGAGGACUCUGGCAGGUACACCUGUGUGGCUCAGAAUUCACAAGGUGCAGACACUAGAGUAACUGCUAUACAGGUAAAUGGCACGUUGUUAGACACCACUCAGCUUAUGAAGAUUUAUGUCAAGCAGACAGAAUCUCACUCCAUAUUAGUUUCCUGGAAAAUCAAUUCAAAUGUCAUGACCUCUAAUCUCAAAUGGUCCUCUGCCACCAUGAAAAUUGACAACCCUCAUAUCACAUACACUGCCAGAGUCCCAGUGGAUGUCCAUGAGUACAAUCUCACGCAUCUACAGCCAGCGACGGAGUAUGAGGUUUGCCUGACUGUAUCCAAUAUCCGCCAGCAGAUGCAGAAGUCCUGUGUUAAUGUGACAACAAAGCAGGCUACCUUUGCUGUGGAAAUCUCUGUCCAGGGCACAAACACAGCACUGGCAGUUGUCAUGGGGACUCUGUUUGCUAUCAUCAGUUUGGCCACGCUGGGUGUGUACAUUGCCAAAAGGUGGAAGAGGAAGAAUUAUCAUCAUUCGUUGAAAAAGUACAUGCAGAAAACCUCUUCAAUACCACUGAAUGAACUGUACCCUCCUCUGAUUAACCUGUGGGAGGUGGACAGUGAAAAAGAGAAGGAGGGCUCAGCAGAGAGCAAACCCAGCCAGGUGGACACUACACGCAGCUAUUACAUGUGGUAAUGUGUGAGCCUGGUACAUGUCUGCUGCAGGAGCACAAACUUACACUUAUAAACAAGUGAACUGUGUGACUCUUACAAUAUUUGUCCUCUCUUUACUCAGACUGACGUAUGGUAGCGAACGUCGAGCAGACAUUCCACAUUUUUAGUUUAGCAAACUGCCUUUUUACCUCCUGUCUGAAUUCAACUCUGGAUUAACAGCUUUGUGUAGCUUCAUGGACUUGGUAGUCACUCUUCUCUAUUUUUAGUACCUGUUUUGAUGAACACAGCAUGAGUAUUGUCACAGCUUCAGAGAACACAAAACCAUUUUCUCUGACAGAACUUUGUUUACUUGUGAAACAGUUUCACUGUUUACUGUUGUGCACUGAGAUAUAUAUGCUAAUUUGUCUAAUAUAAGCUGACAAAGUUAGACUUCAUAUGCUGUCUAUUGAAAAUGUUAGCACCUCUUUAGGACUCUGUACUCUGAAGCCAGCGGAGCUAUUAAGGGGUUGAGUUCAUCAUUUUUGUUGGAUUAACAUUAUGGUGCUUUCCAUUUAGCAUUAUUGUAGUUUUGAGUUACUCUUAACAAGGUAAAAGUAAACUUUCAGUUCUAAUUUUAACUGAAGAUUUAGCAAUCUCAAAUACAGGGUAAAAUACCUGGUUUCAGAGUUCAAGGCCAUGUAAUGUUGUAUUAACUUUGAAUUCACAGAGCUUUUGUACACAAUUUCACAUGUUUGAGUUAGAGUUACUUCUACAAUGACAUGACUGUAAACCAGCAGUAGAAUGAUGAAUGUUAUUCUAGGUUUGUAGAUGAGCCACAUUUCUUAUUUUAUUUUAUUUCUUUUGCUAAAAACAUAUACAAUCACUAAAUUUGUUGUGGUUUACACAAACAUGUUUUUCGAGGAGCAAUUCAAUAAAAUCUUUCCUCAUUUU